GCAGAAAGUUCAAACUAUAGGGGGUUAAGUGUUAUUUACCCUAUUUUAAAAUUAAUGAAAAUCUUAUAUAGACGAAGAAGAAGAACUGGUUCAGUAUAUAAAAUCGAAGCAAUUGAAAACUCGCAGCUUCUCAGCAGUAAUGAAAUUAAUAGAGAUUUGAGAUUUCUGGAGUUGCUGAUUGCUCGCUGCAACUCAAAAGUAGUUUCGUGGAGGGAAAAUGGCGGAUCGUGAUAAAAAAUGGGAUUUUCAUCUCCGGUCAUUGUCUUCCUCCGCUAGAGAUUCCAAUUACGCCACCGACCCGGCUUCCGAUCCUUCGAUUCUUAAUUCGGUCAAAGGGGUGUAUGAACUCUGCAGAAGCGAGAAAUCAGAGGAACACGUUGCGAGGAUUUACCCCCAACUGAACAAAAUAUUUCAGCGAUGCGUUGCUUCAAUUUCGCAGACUCAAACUUCCAACGGUCUUCUUUUGCUGGCGAUUCUUCAAUUCUUUCUUGAUUUUGGAGAUAGAGUUUUACAUGAUGCCGAACCUAGUCUGAGGACAUUUUUCCGUUCGUGUUUGAGUCGCGAGUUUGCAGACCCUGUCGUUGCUGAAGCAACUCUUGAAUUUCUGAGCUCAAACAAAAUAAAACAUCUGAAAACUUUUGCUUCAUUACUCCCACAGUUUUUCCCCUUAAUGCUGAAACUGAUUGCAUGGAAUGGAGAGAAAUUAGAAAACUUAUUCUUGAGAGUUUUCUCGGGAUUAAUCUCUCCUGGAUCCUUGCUCCCCUUGCUUCCAGCCCUUGUAGACUUACCUAUAUUGGUUGUGGCACUGGAAAAGGUGGAAAAAAGUUCAGGCUCGCUUGUAGGAAGCAGCAUAGCUUCAAUUCAGAAAAGCGCUGCUCCCGAGAUGCUGCUCGCUCUCAUGGAUGAGGCAUAUACUGGGUCAACCAUAGCAGACGGAGGCGCAGACUCUGAAUCUGAAGAUAACGCUCCUAUGGCUGCUUCUGACCCUCUCUUUCUUGAUCUCCUCAAGGAUGAGAAUGAUGGUCUUGCAGAGCGUCAUUGGACCACUCCGGCAAUGAGUGUAGCACUGCAGGCAGUAAUUAGUACUCCCCUGUCGAAUAGAUUGAAAGAAGCACUUAAAAUAGCACCGAGGCUUUUGGAUUCCUAUUUCGCAUUAGCAGUUCAGGAUGCCAAUGAUUCUUUAAUAUGUGCUUUGAUUCCUCUCAUUAUGGCGAGAUAUUCCACAUUAUUUCCAGACAAAAUUUUCUCGUAUGAGGUUCAGAGGAGGCUCUUAGAAUUCAUGCUUGCUGUCUUUCAUCAAUCUCCUCAUUUCAUUGCACUUCUUAAGAAGCCUAUAGUGGACAGACUUGGAGAAGCCUAUGACAACCCUACAAAGACUGAAUUAGCAUUACAACUAUGUUGGGCCGUUGGGGAGUAUGGAGGAGGUGGCGGAUCCCACAAAGACGAAGCUCGUGAAUUGUUCGAAAGUUUGGAAUUACUCCUUUAUGAAAAUCUUUCUUCAAGGUAUAUAUAUAACAUUGUUACAUCAAUUGCCAUAGUUGAUGUGCUUGUAAUUUGGCAUAAUUUGGAUAAAUUUAUUUUACAGGUUGCUCGUUCUCGUAUUUCAGAUCCGAGAGUGUGGAAACGGGCUCAGGAUUAUUUGGGUUUGAUGAGUGAACCUGCAAUAUGUUUGUCUAUAUUGGGACCCUCAAAUGAAGCCGUACAAUAUCCAGGCACCGUUGAUUGGACUGAAGGCCGUAAGAAAAUGAUUGCUCACAUUCCAUUUCACCUUCUAGGUGGCCAAGAAGGCCCUCCUUUUCAUGAUUUCUCGUUCUCGGAUAUUCUUCCGAGGGAGUAGUUUCGGUUUCCGGUACGAACCUAUUCCAAUGAGCUGAUUUUUUAAGUUGCAACUGAAUUUUCUUUGGUUGGAUGUAACAUCAAAUUACUUCUUUUUUUUUCGUUUGUGUGUGAAUUUUUAGUAACCCACAAUGAAUUUUCUGUGGUCGGAUGAAAACUACACAAACACUUCGAAGUUUUUUUUCGGGAGUUCGUGUAUCUUCACACGAGGACUUCAUGUGUGAUUUCACGCGAAGCCUGAAAAGAUCCUCAUGUGAAUUCACGCGAACUCGUGCUAAUUUGUUUUAUAGUUUAAUAAUUUGUUAACUAAAUUUAUCUGAAAACAAGAAAUACACAUAAAUGUUGAUGAAGAUACGGAAACAUUUCAU